CAAAAAUUAUUAUAUUAAUUAUGACACAACAAAUGCACUUAAUAAAAAAAUUCAACUGCCUUUAUAACUUCAAUUUACUAAAUGCAUCCUGGCAAUACCUUUAUAAAAUUAAUUAUUUUAUAUAUAUGUAUCACCCUGUCAACAGUAAACAUUACUCUUAUGUUCGUUAAUGUCAAAAGAUUGCACAGCUGACUUUUGUUUUGAUUCUUAAAAAUUUCCUAGCGGAAUAAUAAACAAAAUAUUAAGAAUAAAAAUCUUAGUUUUUUAGCAAAACCAUGUCUUCAGAAAACUGCCAAAUCUGCAAUAAGGCUCCCUUUAAAUACACCUGUCCCCGCUGUAAUAUUGUCUACUGUUCUUUGCCCUGUUACAAAUCACAGCAACAUCUAAAAUGUUCCGAAGAGUUUUACAAACAAUGUGUUCAAGAUGAAUUAAGUUCAGCAGGUGGAGAAGGUGCCAAUAAUAAAGAAGAUAUGCGUAAAAUUUAUGAUAUUUUAAAACGUAUACGAGAGUCGGAUGCUGGCAUAGAAGCGGAUAAUUUUGAUAUGGACGGCUUAGAUUCUGACGAUGAAGAAAACACACAUGGACUUGAUUGUGAAGAAGAAGACAUAGAACAGGAGGGAAAUUUAGAUGAGGAUGAUGAUAAUGAUGAAGAAGACAUCGCGGAGAGAUUAAAAGACAUCGACAUCAAUGAUGCGGAUGAAGUUUGGCAAAAGUUAACUGCAGCAGAGAAGGAAGAAUUUAAAAAGCUAGUUUCUACGGGUGAUAUAAUGAAAUUAAUGCCUGAUUUUAAGCCAUGGUGGAUAAGAAAAGAAAAUUCAAAAAUUGUUGUACUCUCAACGAAUGAAGAUCCAGAAAAAAACAAUGUUCCUAAAGUUGUCGAUAAUAUAGCAAAAUAUUCUACUAUCUGUAGUAAAGAACCUGCACCCUGUUUACAUUAUAAUCUUUGGAAUAUCAUGGCAGCCUACUCUUGCACAGUGCGUUUUUUUAAUGGUGAACAUUUUACUAAUCCUAAUGAAGCUACUGCGUAUCUUAUCAAUCUCAGUUCAACUCUUAAGUAUGGUACUAAUUUCGAAGAUGUCGAAGAUGCCGUCAUUUCUGUAGAAAUGGAAGCUCUAACCACGGGUAAUGGUGCAACACAACUUAUACCAACGACUGGUACACCAAAAUCAUUACUAGUAGAAGAUCGUGUGCAGUUAAAGGCAGAUUCUCGUCAGUUAAUGUCAACGCUAGGCAAUAAAUUGUCUGCAUUAAGUGAUAUUUUAAGAUUAUUACAACUAACGAAAAAGAUUCUCAAAGCUCCAAAUAAAAGUGAAGCUGAAUUUCAAAAACUUUUUGCUUUAAGCAGCGGCAUGGAAGAAUUGACACGUUCCAAAGUUCAACAGCUAAUCAAGAAAUUAGAGUUUUAUUUGUCCUAUGUUAAUAGAGAGAAUUAGUGAACCAUUUUUAAUAUUUAUAAUAAAUUUGAGUUUUAUAAACUGUUAUACUAUUACAUGUAUUAUAUUAUUAUUUUUUUUUAAUAAAAGAAUUUGAUACUGCAAUGAAAGUAAAUAUAAAAUAUUUUGAAUUCAAAAUUUCCUUAAAUAUAUAUUUUAUAAAAUUUUACUCCCUAAAUAGACUAUUUCAGUUACAAUUUGAAAUUUGUUUAUGAUAUGUAUUGCUUGCCCAAGAAGUGGUAAUAGAAACAAUCAAAUGUUUAAAUUUUAUUUUAUUGGUUAAAGUAAAAAAGUUAUAUUGUAUUGUGUAAUCUAAGAGACAACCUUAUCAUUAUUUUACUUUUUUUGUAAAUGCUUCUUUGUCCAUUUAUUUGAUUAUUCAUUACUACUGUUAAAGCUUUGUUCAAGUUUAUGACAUUUAAGUAAAUAAAGAGGUAGUAUGCACAUGCAAACAAA